ACAAGGCGCUCAAGUACGAACAUUUUGCUCAAUCAUGGGACAGAUGCGAUAUGAAUGCCCCAUCUAAUGUGGAUCAAGAGAAGAAUUUAAAUCAACCCACAGACACUGUUGAAAACAUUGCAGAUUCAGAUGAUAAUGCAGACAAGCUUCCUUCUAACCAGGAGGAAUACAAGAACCAACAGCUGAACGAUGCAAACAAAGACAUUUUGAACACUAUUGUCAAGAACCAAGAAAGAAUUAUAGAGGACCAAGCACGUCAUAAUCAGGCUAUUGUCAAGAACCAAAAGCAGAACGACGCAAACAAAGCCAUUUUGAACACUAUUGUCAAGGAGCAGCAGAAACAUGGGAUCAUCCUUAAACAAAUUGUUGCGUCACUAAAACGUCAUGAUGGUGGUCAUGCUCAGGCAGCCUGUGAUCAGGAAAUGACUGUAACGCUGUUAACCGAACUGCUGGACCUUUUUAAAUAAGUGUAAUGGUGAGUCCUAUUUUCUUUACCCAGUUUUUUUUUUUCCUAAGUGUGUAUUGUUUUUUGACACAAGUGUGCAUAGAUGUGGUUUUAUGAUUAGAUUUUUCCUUCUUCUACUUUUAGUUGAGAGGUGUGUAUUUUGUGAAUAUUUUUAAAAUAAAUUAGAGUUAGAAAUGGCUGCAAAACGUUGUCGGGAGUCAUGUGAUGGUGAACAAGAUCCUCAGUUAAGUUGCAAUAGGGAUGAUAAUUUCCAAAAUCAACAAAACACUACAGAAAAGCUACUCAGACUCAUACAGACUGUUGAUGAGAUGAAAAAACACAAGCCAUCUAAGUUGUUAAAAUUAAUAAACGCGGUACAAUCAAGGGCAGAGCCUCCUCAACAGCCAGUUUUUGAUUUUGAACAGUUUUUAAAUUCACAACAGCUAGGUGCGGGAGCUGGUACCCAGCCACACCACACUCCUGACCUGACAGACCCCUGCAUGGGUCUCACACAAGCUGAAAUAGAAACAUUUGUAAGAGUGGGUGGCAAUGUGGCUGGAUACACAGUGGUGCCACGAGGGCGAUUCAAUGGUUUGGAAAUCCACAGGCUUAUAAAUCUAAGGGAAAUAUCUUCUACAGGUCUAGCAGACUACACUGCGUUUUUACAUGACACGUUUUCUGAAAUAGUGGCGUUUUCCAGAUUAUUAGGUGGAGAUGGUAGUUUAAUUAACAUCACUUUGAGCGGUCCUAGCUUGACAUCUGAUGUUAAUACACUCCUGUCAGCUAGCAAUGAUUACAGUGUCGAUCUCUUCAUCAGCAAUCUUGAAAAAAUCAUGCAAAGCAACACAGAUGUACAGUUUGAUGAGUGUUUAAAUUUAAAAGUGUCUAUAGCAAGAAGUAAACAAGGAGGCGCUCGACGAAAAUUAAGGGAUCUAGCCCACAAUCAAGUGAUUGAUAAGAACAGACUUAAUUUGUUUGUCCCCUCAAACAUUGCUGGGGAAAACAAUCUUUGUUUUGCAAUCUGCUUAGCACACUUUCUUAACCCUCAGAAACCACACACUGAGUUAGAGCCUGUAGCGUCAGCAUUGCAGGAGUCUGCAGGAUACACCGAUCAACAUAUGAUAUCACUUAAGGAUAUUGCUCAGUUUGAACGUAUGUUGAAUAUUAAAAUAGUGGUCUUCUAUAGAACGAAUACAGGGAAGCUGGAGAAAUAUGCAAACACAGAUGUACCGCAUCCUAAAACAGUGUUUUUGUACCUCCACGACAAUCAUUAUUUUAUGAUUAAAAAUCUGAAGGGGUUCAUAGGCACACCAUACGUGUGCGAGUAUUGUUAUCAAGGGUUUACUGCACAGCGAGAUCACAGAUGUCAAUACACCUGCGAUGUUUGCAACGCUUCUGAAUGUCAUCUUUACCCCAAAAAAACAAAACACUGCGGUGACUGUUUGAGGUACUGUAGGUCAGACUAUUGUUUUCAGAUGCAUAAAAAGCCACCUCCAGGUCAGAAAUUUGCACAGUGUGACGUUACCAAAUAUUGCGGUAAAUGUAAUAGACGUUACCAUGUCAGUGGCAUCAACCCCAAGCCACACAAAUGUCCUGCUGAUCGUUGUGUUCACUGUAAUGAGGGUUUGGUUACCGACGGUGUGCAUCAGUGUUUCAUUCAACCGGUUAAGGAGAAGGAGCCAAAUAAUCGCUAAAUUUUUUUUGGUUUCGAAACUCG